AUGAAUUCAUCUUCUGAUUACUUUUUUUUAUCAGAAUUUUUCCAUAAACAUCAUGAUAAAAUACACUCAAAUAGACAACUUGCAAAAGAAAUUGAUGUCUGGGAAGAAUUCUAUGAAGAUGUGUUCAAAGGUGAGAAGAAAAGAUGCCAAAAUUGUGAGAAAGAAACCGGAUUAUCACAAUACUACUUAGAAGAAUGUCUAUUUUUGGAUGACAAAGAUAAAAUAAUUAAAAUUGAAGCUUCUUCUUCCAAACUUCUCCAUAAUUCCUGUAGUUUCCACAAAUGUUAUUCAAAAGGAAAUGGAGGUAGUAUAUCCAUCAAUAAUCAAGAGUGCUCUGUAGUCCAAAGAAGAUUUUGUGCUAUUGAUUCUUUUUCAGAUUCAAUCAAUAAUAAGUAUUGCUUGGGUUUAUUUUCGUUUGUAAAAGUUGGAGAAAAAUGCCUGAAUUAUAUCUCUGAGAGUACUUUGUUAGGAUGCGGAAGGCCAGGAACUCUGACAGUCGGAUUAACUCAUCAAGAAGAUGGCAACAUUUCUCUAUCAAAUACAAAUUUUACUUUGUGUAAAGCAUGUCUUGUAGCAACAAGUUAUGGAAUUAGUCGAACAUCUCCAUUUAAAUUUGAGUACUCGACAUACUUCAACAACAUUACAGAUAAUGAAUCAAUAAUAAUAUGUACAUGGUCUGAUUCUGCACUGGACCAUUUGAAUAUCAUAACAUAA